UUCUCUGAAACCAAACAACCUAUAUUAAAAAACAAAAAAGAAAAAAAAGAAGAAGGAGAAAUUGAAUCUUGUUCGUCUGGCUCAGCCCACACUCGCACCACCACCAGUACAGUACAAUCUCUCACUCACUCAACGUCCCUCUCAAAUUUCUCCUGCACUGACAACUCGUAUCACCCAGCUGAUACGCAUCCCUUUCUCUCUCUUAGCUUCAAAAAAGUAUAAUAAAAAGCAGAGUCUUUCUCUCUCAUCUCUGUAACUCUGUUUAUCUCACUCCGUAUUGUAUUCUUUUGAACUUUUGGUAAUGUUUGUGAGUGAGUAUUAUGGGUGGUGGGGCGUGCAGUGGGUGACUGAAAAGGGUGAACUGUGAAAGAAAUACCUCACAGGCUAUGGAAAAAGAGCUAAUGAGAGAGACACACAAAAAACAGAGUGCUUACAUUGAUAUGGCUUUUGCAUUUUCUUCACUCUCUUGAAGACAAUUUGGUCUUCUCCCUUUUUUUUUUUUUUUCUGCAUUUUUUCCCAGCCAUGCUUCUUCCUAAACUCUUCUGUUUCAUCAUUCUCUCUUCUGCCUUCCUUUGCCUUUCUUAUGAACCUCGCAACCCUGAAGUUGAAGCUCUGAUUAAUGUGAAGAUGGCAUUGAAUGAUCCGCACGGUGUACUCAGCAAUUGGGACGAGGACUCUGUGGACCCUUGUAGUUGGGCAAUGAUCACCUGCUCCCCUGAGAAUCUUGUUAUAGGAUUAGGAGCUCCGAGUCAGUCUCUUUCCGGAAGCUUGGCUGGGGCGAUUGGGAACCUUACAAAUCUUCGCCAAGUGCUGCUGCAGAACAAUAACAUUUCUGGUCCAAUUCCCAUUGAACUUGGAACUCUCCCAUUGCUUCAAACAUUAGAUCUCUCAAACAACCGGUUCUCUGGUCCAAUACCAACAUCUUUUGCUCAGCUAAACGGUCUACGCUAUCUGAGGCUGAACAAUAAUAGCUUGUCCGGGCCUUUUCCCUUGUCUUUGGCCAAAAUCCCCCAGCUUGCUUUCUUGGACUUGUCUUUUAACAAUCUCAGUGGACCAGUACCUGUGUUUUCAGCCAGAACAUUCAAUGUGGUGGGGAAUCCUAUGAUAUGCGGAAGUAGUCCUAAUGAAGGUUGCUCUGGCUCAGCCAAUGCCGUUCCUCUUUCUUUUUCUCUAGAAUCAUCCCCUGGAAGGCUUAGAUCGAAAAGAAUAGCAGUGGCACUUGGGGUCAGCCUCAGUUGUGCUUUUCUGAUUCUCUUAGCACUCGGAAUUCUUUGGCGCAGAAGGAAUCAGAAGACCAAAACUAUCUUAGACAUCAAUGUACACAAUCAUGAAGUUGGGCUUGUCCGCUUAGGCAACUUGAGAAACUUUACUUUCAAAGAGCUCCAAUUAGCAACAGACCAUUUUAGUUCCAAGAAUAUACUUGGGGCUGGAGGGUUUGGUAAUGUGUACAAAGGAAAGCUAGGAGAUGGGACUAUGGUGGCAGUCAAACGGCUAAAAGAUGUAACAGGUACUACUGGAGAGUCUCAGUUUCGCACAGAGUUGGAGAUGAUUAGUCUUGCUGUUCAUCGUAAUUUGCUUCGAUUAAUUGGUUAUUGUGCCACUUCUCACGAGAGGCUCUUGGUGUAUCCAUACAUGUCAAAUGGCAGUGUAGCUUCCAGGCUCAGAGGUAAACCAGCCUUGGACUGGAACACGAGGAAGAGAAUAGCAAUUGGAGCUGCAAGAGGUCUGCUGUACCUCCAUGAGCAAUGUGAUCCUAAGAUAAUCCAUAGAGAUGUUAAGGCAGCUAAUGUGCUUCUGGACGACUACUGCGAAGCUGUAGUUGGUGAUUUUGGACUUGCAAAGCUUCUUGACCAUGCUGAUUCUCAUGUGACCACUGCUGUUCGUGGCACCGUUGGGCACAUCGCUCCUGAGUAUCUUUCAACUGGCCAAUCUUCUGAGAAAACUGACGUGUUUGGAUUUGGCAUUCUGUUGAUAGAGCUGAUUACUGGUAUGAGAGCUCUUGAAUUUGGGAAAACAAUUAACCAAAAAGGCGCCAUGCUUGAGUGGGUAAAAAAGAUACAACAGGAAAAGAAGGUGGAAUUGCUUGUGGACAGAGAGCUAGGCAACAACUAUGAUCAGAUUGAAGUUGGGGAAAUGCUGCAAGUGGCUCUUCUUUGCACUCAGUAUUUACCCGCUCAUCGUCCCAAGAUGUCGGAGGUGGUCCGAAUGCUUGAAGGUGAUGGCCUUGUUGAGAAAUGGGCUGCUGCCCACACUCAUAAUGACUUACAUGUCAACCUUUUUCAUUCACGAAACAGCUGCAAAAGUACAUACAACCCCACAAAUGUAUUGAAGAAUAAUGGUAAUGAACGAGAACAUUCAAGCAUGUUAAGUUUAACAAUGGAUGACGACGAUGACGAGCGAUCUCUAGACUCCUAUGCCAUGGAACUCUCCGGUCCAAGAUAGUAACGAAAGUCAGGGAAAAAGGAAUCGCACAAUUCAUUGCUUUAAUUCUUUACAUUGCCAAAAUCAAGGAGAAAAAGAUGGGGCUUCAAUGUUGGUUUCAUAAACUCUGUACCUUUUUUCUUUCUUUUUGUUUUUUAUCUGUCAAUAUUCUGGGUUGGAGUUGGACUUGUAAAUAUAUGAUAUUCACUUGGUCUUCUUGAAAUGGUGCCAUUCUAUAACAGUAGAAAGGAAGGAAAAGGAAAGGCAAAGCUUGUAUAGGGGGAGAGACUUAGAUAAACAGAAUAGAGUGAGACACUAUUCAAAGGAAUGGUUUUGACGAUCUUCUCUUAAUUUUAAGAAAUGGGUUUUUUGAUUUCA